AUGCGUGAGUGUAUAUCCAUACAUGCAGGACAGGCAGGAGUCCAGAUAGGAAAUGCGUGCUGGGAGUUAUAUUGUUUGGAACAUGGAAUCCAACCAGAUGGACAAAUGCCAUCAGACAAGACUGUCGGCGGUGGAGACGAUUCGUUUAACACCUUUUUUAGUGAAACAGGAGCUGGAAAGCACGUUCCUAGAGCAGUGUUCAUAGAUUUAGAACCUACGGUAGUGGAUGAAGUUCGUACUGGUACAUAUCGCCAGUUAUUUCACCCUGAGCAGCUCAUAACAGGGAAAGAAGAUGCUGCUAAUAAUUACGCAAGAGGUCAUUAUACCAUUGGCAAGGAAAUAGUAGAUCUCGUUUUGGACAGAGUGCGUAAAUUAGCUGAUCAAUGUACAGGUUUACAAGGUUUCUUAAUUUUCCAUUCUUUUGGCGGUGGUACUGGCUCAGGUUUUGCUUCACUACUUAUGGAGAGAUUGUCGGUAGAUUACGGUAAGAAGUCAAAGUUAGAAUUUGCUAUAUACCCUGCUCCUCAGAUCUCAACAGCCGUAGUAGAACCUUACAAUUCUAUUCUUACAACUCACACUACUUUAGAACACUCAGAUGCCGCGUUUAUGGUAGACAAUGAAGCUAUUUACGACAUCUGUCGUCGAAAUUUGGAUAUCGAGAGACCUACAUACACCAACUUAAAUCGCCUUAUUGGUCAAAUCGUCUCAUCAAUAACUGCAUCUCUCAGAUUUGAUGGAGCUCUAAAUGUCGAUUUGACAGAAUUUCAAACCAAUUUGGUGCCAUACCCACGGAUUCAUUUCCCACUGGUUACUUACGCACCUGUUAUUUCCGCUGAAAAAGCUUAUCACGAACAACUGUCUGUAGCAGAGAUUACAAACGCUUGUUUUGAACCCGCUAACCAGAUGGUUAAAUGCGACCCGCGACAUGGAAAAUACAUGGCAUGUUGUAUGCUGUACAGAGGCGAUGUGGUACCUAAAGAUGUAAAUGCUGCGAUUGGGACGAUAAAAACCAAACGAACAAUACAGUUUGUGGAUUGGUGUCCCACCGGGUUUAAAGUUGGCAUUAACUAUCAACCGCCAACUGUGGUUCCGGGGGGUGAUUUAGCAAAAGUACAGCGAGCAGUGUGCAUGCUCUCUAACACUACCGCUAUUGCAGAAGCUUGGUCUCGGCUUAAUCAUAAAUUCGAUUUGAUGUACGCUAAACGUGCAUUUGUUCACUGGUAUGUAGGUGAAGGAAUGGAAGAAGGAGAGUUCUCUGAAGCUCGAGAGGACUUAGCAGCACUUGAAAAAGACUACGAGGAAGUUGGCAUGGAUUCCGGUGAAGGGGAAGGUGAAGGCGGAGAAGAAUAUUAA